GGAGGAUAUAGUUGGCGCCGUUUGGGAGAACUCUUUGUUGACAUUCUUUAUAGCUAGAGUUGUUUUGCAAAAUAAUAGAUUUCUUCAGUAAAAUGCGACAAUGACCAGUGUUGCAGGAAAAAAGGUGGUGUAUCCAUCUGGGUGCAAGGAAGUGAAUGAAGAGCUUGGGAAAGAUGAAUUGGUUAGAAGACUCAAGCUCCUUGCCAGGGCUUUCCAAGAUAUGGGUCAGGAUGACAAUGAGCAGUACAGUGGCUUAGCUUUGUAUCUAGCCUCGGAUUAUUUUAUGGAUCAUCAGAGUAAAGAUGUGCGUUUGCUUGUGGCAUGUUGUAUUGCAGAUGUGUUCCGAAUAUUUGCUCCUGAUGCACCAUACACUGAUGCUGCACAACUCAAGGAAAUCUUCAUGUUCCUCAUCAAGCAACUCAGAGGAUUGGAAGACCCUGAUGCACCUUCAUUCAAAAGAUAUUUCUAUUUGUUAGAGAAUUUGGCCUGGGUGAAGUCUUUUAAUAUAUGUAUUGAAUUAGAGGACAGCCAAGAAAUAUUUUGCAGUCUUUUUCAGUUAAUGUUUUCAAUAAUCAGUGAGAAACACUCCACAAAGGUUAGGAAUUUUAUUCUGGAUAUGAUGGCACCACUGAUCACUGAAGCUGAUGCAGUGUCACAGGAACUGUUGGAUAUCAUCCUCAUUAACAUCAUAGAACCCUACAAGACACAGAAAAGGGUAGCUUAUCAGCUGGCCAAAGAUUUGUUAAUACGGACUAGCAAUGCUAUAGAACCUUUCAUCCAAACAUUCUUCAACAAUGCCUUGAUGUUGGGAAAAUCUUCUGAGAGUGAAGUCUCCGACAGGCUUUAUGAUCUCAUCUAUGAAUUGAACCAAAUCUCUCCUAAUGUUUUACUCUCAGUUUUACCACAACUGGAAUUCAAAUUAAAGAGCAAUGUGGAGUCAGAAAGGAAGAAAGUAACAAAACUGCUUGCGAAAAUGUUUUCCGACCCAGGAUCAACUCUUGCUGACCAGAACAAAGCUCUCUGGAACUGUUUUCUCGGAAGAUUUAAUGAUAUUAGCAUUUUGGUGCGUCAAUGCUGUGUUUCACACUCCCAAUUUCUUCUUCAAUACCACCCUGAGCUUUUCAAAGACAUUGUGGAACAGUUAAAAGUUCGCCAGCAUGAUCCUGAAGAAACAGUCAGGAUGGAAGUUGUUAAUGUCAUUUUGACUGUUGCUAAGAAUGACUUCUCAGUAUGCACAGAGGAAUUGCUCAGUUUUAUCAAAGAAAGGACUUUGGACAAGAAGUUUCAAAUCCGUCAAGCUGCACUACUGGGCCUUGGACAGCUGUACAAAAGAUUUGUUUUAGCUGAAGAAUAUGACAAGGCAAAUGUUGAAAAAAUAUCUUGGGUUAAAGACAAAGUCUUUCAUGCCUACUACCAGAGUAACAAUGAGGACAGACUGCUAGUUGAGCGUGUUUUCAAUACAUGCUUAGUGCCCUAUAAUGCUGAAGUGUCUGAAAGAAUGAAGAGGCUGUAUUUGUUGUAUGCUACAAUAGAUGAUCAUGCUGUGAGAGCAUUCCAUGAAAUGUUGAAGAACAAAAAUCUUGUGAAAGUUAUGGUGUCCCAGUUGGUGGAAGUUAUAGAAGUCAACUUGGAAGGAGAAAAAAACAUUCCACUAAAUCGCAGGCUCGCAGCAAUAUCAAAAACACUGCCAGAAGCACACAAAGCAACUGACCACAUGAAGAAAUUUGCCAUGCUAUUAAAGGAAGACAAAAGAAUGCGUCAAUUUUUGAAGACUUUACUUGGACCAGAUUGCACCUCUCAGAAAGCUCAAGAUUUAGUAAAAGAGGUAUUGAAGAAACUUGGUGGCCCCGGUCCUGGACAACAUAAUUUGUUCUACAACUCCAUCAAGUCUCUUUUGGAGCGAAUAGCACCUGUCAUGUUUGAUGCUGCCGCCAUUGAAAUGUUGGUUAAACAUGUGGAUGAGACUGUUAGGGGACUUGGCAUAAUUACAGACGGAAUAGAUGCUGCUGCAGAAAAGGGAGUGAGGCUCCUUGUGGCAUUGUCCAGUGUUUACCCACAUUAUUUCAAAACAGAAGAGACAUUUGAAUUGCUGUUGUCUUUCUUGAAACAUGACGAUGAAGCAGUGGCUGAUCUUACCAUACAGAUAUUCAUUAAUGUUGGAAAACAUCUACAAUCAGAGCACCCAAAUAUUUACACGGUUCUUUUACCAAUUCUUCAACGAUCUGCAAAACUCGGCAACCCAAAACAAAGCAAGCAUGCCAUCAAGUGUAUUUCAAUUGUGUGCCAAAAGAAAGAAGCCAUCCUAAGCCAAGUAUUUGAGUAUGUCAAGAAAUCUCUUAAUCCCGAGUCAGCCAAUUUUAUCACCUCUAUAGUUGCAUUAGGACACAUUGCCAAGCUGUGUCCUUCAGACUUUGCAGCUGAUAUCAAGGCCAUUGUGUCCAAAACCAUAGUUAAAGACCUCCUGAUGAUGGACAGGUCAUCAGGACCAGAUACAACAGAAAGCUGGUACUCUGAGCAUCAUGUCACAGAGGAAACUAUGGCCAAGCUGCAGGCAAUGAAGAUGCUUGUGAGAUGGUUAGAGGGUUUACAAAGCAAUGCCAACAAUUCUGGAACCUCCACAUUAAGACUUCUCUACACAGUUAUUAUUCAUGAAGGAGACCUGAUGGAAAAGGGCAUGAUCAAUAAACCAGAGUUGGCCAGAUUGAGACUCCAGGCAGGAUGUUGUAUGUUGAAGCUAGCAGAAUACAAAUGUUAUGGAGAUCUAAUCACAAGGGAACAGUUUCAGGCCUUAGCUCUACUAAUGAAUGAUAGCUGUUACCGUGUGAGACUCAACUUUGCCUUAAAAUUGAACAAAGGGUUGCUUGUGCUCCGACUUCCAUUGGAGUAUAUGAGUAUAUUUAGUCUUGCUGCAAAUGAUCCACUGAAGGAAAGAAAAUUACAAAUCAAGAACUUCCUACAGGCAAAUAUAUCAAAAAGGAGGGAUUAUAUCAAACAGAAUCCAUCUAUUGGGGCUCGACUGUUCCAUUUCAUGCCUGAGUAUUCCAUACCUUACACAAUUCAUCUGCUAGCACAUGAUCCAGAUCUUCAGUCUCAUGAGCAUGUAGAAGUCCUCAAAAACAUCAAGGAGUGCCUAUGGUUUAUAAUGGACCCUCUUAUCAGUAAGAGUGAAGACUGCAAUUAUUCAUUCUUUAGAAAAAUGUUGGAAAACAUUAAACAAUGUAAGGAUGCUCAGGAUCCAGAGGAUGAAGCCACAAACAAGAAACUGUAUGCAGUCUGUGAUCUUGCAUUAGGUCUGCUUGUGAGUAAGGCCACACACAUCACUUUGAAAGAUACCAAUCUGGAACCAGUUCUACCUGCCAAGUGUUUUAUCAAACAAUCAAAGGGAUAUAUGAAUACCAGAAUUUAUGUUCCUAAAGAACUGGUGAUGGAAGGUCACAAGAGGAAAGGUGUUCAUGACUCCAUAUUGGCCUCAAGUGAACCAGAGAUAGUGGCAUGUCCAGGACCAGUGGUUAACCCCCUACCUUACACCCCCAGAGAAAAAACGUCUAAACCAGCAAAGACCAAGAAACUCAAAAAAGAGCAAAGUGAAUCUGAUGUUGACAUGGAAUCUCCUGUUAAAAGUCCCAAAGAAAAAACAAAAAGACCUCGUUCUAAGAAGGAAAAUAUAGAUUCUCAGGAAGAAAACCAAGUCUCAGGUGUUCCAAAGAAGCGAGGCAGAAAAAGUGCAAAGAAAGAGAAUCUGACUGAAAAUAAAAAGACAGAUUCUGAAUUAGAUUCUUCCAAAGAAUCUCAGGAUUUCAAUGUUCAGUGUAGUUCUUCAGAUGUAGAGGAAAACUCGGAACAAGAACAAACUGUGAAUCAUCCAAAAAGACCAGGAAGACCUAAGCAGACAAACUCCAACUCAUCUUCUGCAAAUUCCUCCCCACGCAGGGGGAGAAAUAGUGAUAAUAAAGUGACAAAACUGAAACAAAUCAACGGUGCUUCAAAAAAGACCUCUCAUUCUUCAGUUAAAGACAGUCCCAAAGGGAAAACACAGAAGAGACCUGCGCCAUCUUCCUCUGAAGAAUCAUCUCCAGUCAAAAAAACUCGCCGUACAAGGGCAGCACCAGUCAAAAAAGACAGCUCAGAAAGUGAUCCCUCAUCACCUAUAAGUAUGGAGAGUGAACCAUCACCUGUAAAACAUUCACCAUCCAAAAAAUCAACCUCAUCACCUGCAGCAUCAAGGAAAACCCUAACACGAAGUAAACUCCACUCAGAGUCAGAAGGAAAUAGCUCACCAGUUAAGGGCAGGAAAAGAGCAGCAACUAAACAACUUAAAAUAGACCAGUUCAGCACCAAACCAUCAAAUGUGAGGAGAGCUAAAACUCUGGCCAAUGGAAGCUUAGAUGGAGACAACCAAGAAUCACCAUUAUCAGCAUCAAAAAGAGGAAGAGGAAAGCGAAAAUGAUACUUUGUUCUUAGGAUCUCUUAGUUAUAAAUGGCAGCUCUUGUUUUUAUCUUGAUGACUCCUGUGGUUGUAAGAGAGUUCAUUCUCUGAGGUUUUAACAAUGUGAAAACUAUUGAAGGUUUUUGCAUUUCCUAGCAUUGUUCCUCUACAUCAAGUGUACCAGAAUGACUUCAGUGGAUAUAUACUUUGAAUGAGUCAUGAUCUUGUUCUGGAAUCAAAUCUUUUAAUAAGAUAUUAUACAAGUCAAAAGGUUCUAGUUACCUUAUUAGAUCUGAUGGUCACUUAAAGCAAUGUCACUAAGUAGGGCAACUGUUUUAUGAGAAAACCCUUGAAUUGAUCCCACAAGACAUGCAUGUAAGACUGUCACUCUUCUCUAAGAGUAUUUGUGUUAUUUAUUUGUGAUAGUAUGAGAUUGUAAUUUACAAAUUACACAGAUCAUGUGUGGAAAUAUUAAAUUGUAUUUUAUUUCAAUUCAUACAUGCAUUUAAUAUGAAAUAAAAUUUUGAGAAAAACUGGA